AUGGAAAUUUGCUCAUCUAAACUUAAUUGGCUUAUUCAUAUAAAGAAAUUAUUCCAAAAAAAUAGCAUUCUAAACAUUUCAGAUCUAAUUAAUUAAUUAAAAGAUGAAAUAACUAUCGAAUGCUCUAAUCCAUAAGAUGAAUUAUUCUCUUUAGAUGAAGUUAUUGAAGAAGUUUAUAAAUUUAAUAAAAAGAGAUUAAUUUAUGAUGAUUUCUUUUAAAUUAUUGGUAAUCUACAUUAAUAGGAUCAUUAAUUAUCCACUUGUGUAAACUCAUUAGUUGAUUCUAUUAAUGAUUUAACUUUGAGUGACACUAAAGUGAAAUAAGAAAUCAGAGGAUCUUAUAAUGAUCCUACUAAACUAAUAAAAACAUAAUAAAGCAAUAAAGUUACAAGACUAUCAAGAAGUCCUAGAUUGAAAAUAGAGAAUUUAUAAGAAGCUCAGAAAAGAUUAUUAGCUAAAAUCACUGAUAUAGAAAAUGAAAUAGAACAUGUAUUUAUACUAUAUAUAUCUCAAAGCAGAAAUAAUAACAUUAAUUAAAGAAACCUCAUUAAUUAUUAAUUAAAGAAUUGACUAGAUAACUUACAUAAAAUUCAGAUGAAAUUGUUUUAAAUGGAAUAACAAAUUUUACUUUAUAAGACUUUUAUCUUGUCUUCCAUAAUAUCAAUAAAGCAAUUUUCAAUAUUUCAAUAAUGACAUUCAAAGAAAGAUGCUUAGAAAUAAGAGAAGUUUCUAUGAUAUUUAAAAAUUUAUAAGCAUUAAGCAUAAAUUGUCUUUUAAUUAAAGAACUUAAAUUAGAAGAAUUAAUAGAAUUAAAAGUAUUAUCUGUAGCUGGUAAUCAAUUAAAAAAUUUAGAAGGAUUGCCUCCUAAUUUAAAUGAACUUUAUGCUUAAAAUAAUCAAAUUUCAUCACUUUCAAAUACAUAAUUUCUAAAAAUCUUUAAUAUAAGUGGAAAUAACCUUAGUUAAUUGAAUUAAUUAACUCAUAUAAAUAAAUCCUUAGAAUUCAUUAAUUGUAAUCACAAUAUUUGUGCAAACUCCAAAGAUUACAAAAGACUGUUAUUCAAAUUUUUUCCAAAUUUAAAAGGUGUUGACAAAGAAGAUUUAUUAUAACAUUCUACUAUACAAUAAAUUGGGUUUCAUUAUAAAAAAGAUAUGAUGGAUUUUUCCUUUAGUUAAUCCUGA